UGGCAAGCAGUCGCGCCAGUCAGUCGCUAGCAGGUAAUCCACUAGAGCGCGUUCGGGGUACGGACACAACACAGACCCAUCCGAUCCGAUCCGAUCCGAUCCGCAGUAGUUCGCACAGAAUCGGCAUUGAAUAAUCCCACAGAAACGAUACCCACACGACGAGAUCGAGCGGCCCAGAGCGCGGCUAGAGCUAAGUGUCGGAGCGCGAUCCAAACCGAAACAAACGAAAAAAAAAGCCAAGUCCCGUAAUACCGUUGCGAAAUCUCUUGCUCUCUCUCUGUCUCUGUUCAUCUCUGGCUUUUGAAGCAUAACCAAAAGCAAACGAAAAAAAUAUAUACAUACAUAGAUAUAUACUUACCAACAAAAGUGCAGUGUUCAUUAUCCAGUCUCUUGCUCUGUGGCCCAGGCGACACUACGAUACGAGAAUGAACUCGGACCCGGGGCCAUUGUGGGCCAGCAGCCGCAGUCGUUGCCUAAUGGCGGCUCUCCUGCUGCUUAUCUGCGGCGGACAGGUCGCGGCCCAAUCCAAUUACGUGCAACACGGCGAUAGCGGCAACUACACCACAAACGGCCUGCCCGAGGAGGCGACACUGGAUGGAAAGGUUACCAAGCUGGACGACAUCAGCCCAUUGAUCUUUCUGAACCGCACCAAGGCAGCGCUUAAUUGUGCCGCCGGCUCCAUGCAGGUUGAUCUCAAGUUUAACGAUCCGUUCCAUGGCAUCAUCCAGGCCGAUUAUGACCGCAGCAGUGCGUGUCGCGUCAGCGGCAAGGGGGCCCUCAGCUAUCGCCUCGAGCUGCCCCUCAAGGGUUGUGGCACCAUUCAGAAUCCCACACGUGUCUUUACCAACAACAUCAUUGUGCGCUUCCACGCGAACCUGGAGAUGGACGGGGACGAGAUCAUCACGAUCGUCUGCCGCUAUCCGCCGCCAGUGCCCUCACUGCCACCCGCACUGCCAGCGCCCAUCCUGAAUCCCAUUGCCACGAGCUCUGUGCUGCAGCCGCCGCUGAAGAGCAUCCAGAUACUGAUGAUCAUCUGCGCCAUCAUGUUCUUGACCCUCCUGCUCCUGGGCCUGGCCGUCUCCUACUACUGCCUGCGCAGCCGCCCCAUACCGGUGGUGCGACGCCUGCCCAUGAGCAUGGGCAGUGGUUCGGAGAUCACGAAACUGAGUGGCAGCAGCCUGGGCAACAUCAGUGUGUUCGAGGGCGUCAAGAUACCGCGGGCCCACGCCGCCCUGCAGGCCGUCUACUCGUCCUCGGGCAGCGAGGGUGCCCUCAUACCGUCGGACUAUCCCAGCGAAUCCCACUCGGAGAUCGAGGAGAUCGACACCAGGUCGCUGCCGUUCAGCUCAGCGGGCAGCUUCGAGAAUCGUGCCUUCGUGCAGGAGACAUCGAGCAUCUACAGCGACCACUAUGCCCCUGCCCAGGAGAUGCCCGUGGCCAAUGCGGUGGUCACGACGGCGGCCAUCACCACACGGCAUGCCCUGCCCCUCCAGGAGGGCUCUCCGAAGUUCGAUGUCCAGGUGCGUGUCAAGAAGUCGCCGCCGCCCAUUCCGUCGCCCGUGACCUCGGACACGGAGAGCGUGGCGACCCUGCGGCCCGAUCGCAACAACCUGUCCACGAUUAUGGAGGCCUACGAGGAUCGCGAGAGCAUCAUGACCAUGGACUCGCUGCCGCCGCAGGUGGAGACAAUGCAGUCGCAGUUCACGUACGUGCCAGAGCUGCACCCUGCCCCACAGGUCCCACCGCCGCUGCCAGAGCCCAAGUUCUCCGUGUACACGCGCACCCACCACGAGGUGGUGGAUGGACGCCCGGAGACCUGGUCCGACUACACCGACGGCACUCGGGCACCCAGCGAGAUCACCGAUCUGUCCUCGGAGGCGCCCGACCGGGCCGUGGAAACCAUGCACUACUACGAGGACGAGUAUGUGCCCAUUGAGCCCCAGCCGCACUCGAUGGCAGUGGCAGUGGCAGCAGUGCCACCCAAGCCUCUGCCCCUGCCGCAUGUCACCUCGCACACGGUGGACGACGUCUAUCUGCGCACCGUCACCGAGAAGAAGACCAUCGAGGACAUCGAGAGCCACAAGCGACGGGUCACCGAGUACAAGAGCAAGCCGAAGGCACCACUGCCGCCGGUGGCACCGCCAGCGCCACCAGUGGAUCCCAAGUUCGAUGUGAAGGUACGCAACUAUCCCAGCGAGCGGGAGCAGCAGCUGUGGGAGAACUUCUCGGACAUAUCCAGCGCCUCGGGGCUGACCCUCACGCCCAAAAUGGAGCGCAGCGAGCUGUCGCUGCCCCCAGCGGAGCCCCCAUCACAGAUCCACGACAACAAACUGAAGCUGACCAGCCCCGAGCUGGUGGGCAACAUGAAGCCCAUCGAGGUGCCGCCCCAGGACAUGGAUGUGCCCAACUGGGAUGUGCUCAUACGCAUCCUGGAGGAGCCCGAAAUGUCCGAAAUCUCCGGCGGCGGCGACAGGGAUGACACCAGCUCUGUCCACAACAACAUCAGCUAUGACGACCGGGCCAAGUGGAAGGAGAUCAUCACCACACAGUCCACGCUCCGGUCCAUGCUCACGGAGGCUGUGGUGCGCGAGGACUUUGAGCGGAUCCGACAGGACACGCGCUACGAGCGCAUGUUCGAGCCCCAAACGUGGGACGUCAUCAUUAGGAUUCUGGCCCCGCCCAGCGACGAUGACACCGAUGUGGAGAUGCGCCUGCCCAGGCGUGGCGGCAAGAAGGCACCGCCCCAGCCAUGGGACACACGCUCCCGUCGCAGCUCCCUGCCGACGCUCUACGAGUACGACAGCGAUGGCGGCUCCAGUGUGCGCACCAUACGCAACGAUCCCGGCCUGCCGCUCCAUGUGGGCGGCGGCGGCGGCCAUCCCGGCCAGCCGGUGGGCCUGGGACCCUUCAACAUGCAGCGAUCGCGCCGCAGCUCGCGCACCUCCUACCAGACGGACCACAACGACUUCCGGUCCAUGUCGGAGGUGACGGUGGACUUUGGGCGCCCCCAGGCGGACCAGCUGGACAAUGUGAGCGAUGCCAGCAGCUAUUACCGCAUGCAGUACUACGACGACGAGGAUCGACGUUCCUUCCAUCGCUCGCUCAGUCAUCCCUCGCUGGCCCGAUCCGCCAGCGAGUUCACCGAGCACUGGACAGCACCCGACGAUCUCGAGAUCGAGAUCUCCUCGCCAGAAGGCACGCCUCAUGCUCGUCGAGCCCGUCAGCCCCUAGCCAUAGCCGCGGGACGGACCGGCGAGCAGCGUGUCCUGGCCCAGACCCAAUCGCAGAGCGAGUAUGUGGAGACCCAUCGCAGUGUCUAUCAUGCGGAGAAGGAGCUGCCCAUGCCGCCGCGCAAAUGGUAGAAGCCGCUCCCAAACAGAGCCAGAGCCGCCUUUCGAUUAGUCACUUCUACUAACAAUCGACUAAAAAAUCAGCGCACCGGAAAGGAAAGGAAAGGGAAGGGAGGAGGGUCACGAGCCACGAGCUCCAGCAGGAAGGCGCAGGACGCGUCCGUGGGGUGUCUGGCCCUUCUGCUCGAGCUCGGAUCCAAUCCAAUCCUUCAACAUGGUUCACAUAUACAGAUAUAUGUAGGCUCUCGCACAUUCCAUAGGUCGUAGACGAUUAUAUAUCCUUACAAUAAUUAACAAAACAAAAAACGUGCCAAUUACAAUUGCCUGACAUUAAAAAUAACUGCAAGAAACGAAAUGAAACGAAACCCCCGAAAAUGUCAGUUCAAAGCGGAUGAGUUCCAGGUUCCCAUAAUGGGUUUCUAAUCAGUGGAAAUGAAUAACAGUGGAAUAACUGAACAAACGAAACUUUUGUGUUCUGAAACACCCAGCUCCGAAUGAGAAAGAGAUAGAGAAAGCCAGCCAGCCAGCCAGCCAGAGAGGGAGAGCGAGAGAGAUAGAGAGCAUGGGGAAAAUUUCCAAUUUAGAUGAUACAUAUAGUUCGUAUAAAAUCUUAUGCUGCCGCUUUCGAUGGGAAAUAUAUUGUCACAAUGGGGAAGAGAAAGGGGAAGGAAAUGUUUUUUUGUAUUAGAAUAUUAUGUUGUCCACCCUGUCGAAUGCAUAUACUCACGACUUUCUAGUUACUAAUGUAUGUAUAUACUAUAUAUGAUGUGUAUAUACAGAGUCCAGAAUCCAGCCCUACCACACACACACACACACACAGACACAGGGUUUUUGGGGCAACUGCCACACGCACAAAAACGAAAAGAUCUACCACACGCGCCCCCAAUGUGAGAGAGGGGUUCCACAGGUUUGAAAUAAAAGUAUUACUACAGAAUAAAGCUAGAAGAUACGGGAUAAAGAUGCCAGCAUCCAGAAUCCACUGCGACUUGAAAACACUUUCCUAAUUGAACACACGACACGGCAGAAGAUCAGAUAUCAGAAUAUGAUCAGAAUAUGCGGGCUUCCAGAAUGGUUUCCCUCCAGAGGGAAACACUCAAUACUUUUGACGAUUAUCCUCCCUAUCCUUAUAUAUAUAUAAUAUUAUAUUUUUUUUGCGCAUAACGUAAUACUAAUCCGUCCAAGACACACCCCAUAAAUGUACUUAAUCCUUAGCGUAAUCGAUCAGUAAUAAAAAAUAAACAACAAAAAACGGAAUAGGCUCUCAUUCACAAUCCACAAGAUACAAGAUACUUAUUAUUAAAUUAGCUUCUUGCGUGUAAUCUAAAUUAAACGAUAAAUAAAUCAAAUCAAAUAAACAUAUCUACUAACAAA